AUGUGUUCGCUGACCCACUUGCGUCCGCUAACCUGCGCCGCGUCUGCAUCGGCGUCACGAUUAGUGCCCCACCCACCGGACCUCAUAAAGUGGGUAACCAGAGAGGGUGGGUUCGUGCACCGCGCGGUGAAGAUAGCGCAACUCGAUUCCUCGAAUGGACUGGGCCUAGUGGCCAAGGAACAAAUUCCACCCGGCACUGACCUAAUUGUCCUCCCACACCACAUUCCCCUGCGCUUUACCACUCUCCAACACGACCCUCUGCUGCAUCGCUUGGCAAGCCAAGUCCCUGAGGAACUAUGGGCCAUGAAACUGGGUUUGAAGCUUCUGCAAGAGAGGGCAAAAGUUGGGUCCUUCUGGUGGCCCUAUAUAAGUAAUCUCCCAGAGACAUAUACCGUGCCUAUUUUCUUUCCUGGGGAGGACAUAAAGAACUUGCACUAUGCUCCUCUUCUUCACCAGGUAAACAAAAGAUGUCGGUUUCUUCUUGAUUUUGAGCAAGAAAUCAAGCGUGCCUUAGUAAGUGUUAAGCCAGAUAGCCAUCCUUUUGGUGGUCACCAAGUAGAUGCGUCUUCCCUUGGAUGGGCAAUGUCAGCAGUCUCGUCUAGAGCAUUCCGGUUGUAUGGUGAAAAGGAACCAAAUGGAGACCGCAUUAACAUACCCAUGAUGCUCCCUCUGAUUGAUAUGUGCAAUCAUAGUUUCAAUCCAAAUGCUAGAAUUGUUCAGGAAGAAGAUACCAGUACCAUGAAGAUGCAAGUGAAGGUUGUGGCUGAGACAGCAAUCAAAGAAGAUGAUCCUCUGUUACUUUGCUAUGGCUGUUUGAACAAUGAUUUUUUCCUUCUUGAUUAUGGAUUUGUGAUGCAUUCAAACCCUUUUGAUUGUAUUGAGCUCAAAUAUGAUGGUGCUCUUUUGGAUGCUGCAAGUACAGCAGCUGGAGUUUCUUCACCAAAUUUCUCAACACCUGCUCCGUGGCAGGAACUGAUUUUAUCCCAGUUGAAUCUAUCUGGAGAAACUCCAGAUCUCAAGGUGAGCUUAGGUGGUCAAGAAACAGUUGAGGGCCGCUUGGUGGCUGCAUUGCGAGUACUCCUUUCAAGUAAUAUGGAAACUGUGCAGAAGUAUGACCUGAGUACACUACAGUCUUUGGAUGCUGACGCUCCUCUUGGUGUUGAAAAUGACAUAGCUGUAUUUCGCACCCUAAUUGCUUUGUGCGUCAUUGCACUGGAACACUUUCCCACCAAAAUAAUGGAUGAUGAAUCACUGUUGAAGCAGGGUGCUUCAGGUUCAACCGAGUUAGCCAUUCGGUACAGAAUCCAAAAGCAAUGCGUAAUUAUAAACGUAAUGAAAAAUCUCUCAAGGAGGGUAAAGCUUCUAUCAUCAAAGGAAACAGCAACCGCCGAUGGUUAA